UUUAGUUAAUGAGACUUUUCAGUCAGUAGUCAAAGAACAUGAAACGCUUUGUCGCUCUUCUGGCACUCGUUGCCAUCGCAAAUGCUGCCUCUGUGGGCGAACCCAUUGAUUCGGCGUCCAUCUCCAGCACGGUUGUGGAUCUUAUCGAGGGCAUUCGCGACCAGAUGCCAUGCGGCUUCCCUGGCCUUGGCAUUCCGCCAAUUGCCCCCCUUAGAAUCGAUCACAAGAACAUCGAUAUCGAUACUGAGGCUUUAAGAAUGAAGGGUAGCAUCGACCAUUUCCGUCUCAAUGGCCUCAACGAUUUCGAUAUCGAUGAGAUGAAGAUCAAUGCCAUCACCAGCAGGGUCACCUACAAGUUCAGCUUCCGUAACGUGAAUGUCGACACCAAAUACGACUUGGAGGUGUUGUUGAAGAAAUUCGGUUUCACCAUCAAUCUCAUUGGUGCCGGUCAAGCCAAAUUCGCCAUCAAGGAUAUGGUCAUCUGGGGCACAUUGAGAUACUCCCUGGGCGUUCUCUCUGGCAAGUUGAAGCUUAGGUCUCUGGAGGUGCGCACCCAUCUGGGUGAGGUCGAUUCCGAGAUCGAGGGCAUCCUUGGCGAUGGCGGCAUCAACGAGAAGAUGAACGAGUAUUUGGCCGAGAUCGUUGAGACAACCAUCAAUGAGAACGAGGAUCUGAUCGCUGAGACCAUUGAGUCUGUUGCUUUGCCCGUUGUUAACAAUGUUUUGGAUGAAGUCAGCAUUGCUGAUAUCAUCUCUGGCGGCGGUGGUGAUGGCGAAGGCGGUGAGAAGGAGGUCUGCAUUCCCCCAGAGUUGGAAUGGUAAACAAUGUGAAAGAUCAUUUUGAUUAAAGUCAUUUUAAACGAAAAAUAAAACAUGUAUUUUUCACUUUA